GAAUAAUCACUCUGAUAAAUUUUGCUUCAUCUCUCUGCCCAGACAAAAAAAAUCCAAUAUUUCCUCCCCUCCUUGUUCCUGACUAGUCACAAUCUGCUCCCCCUCGACGGCAAUGCUCUCUUCUCUCAUCGUCCCCUGCUCGUCGCUGGCAGUCUUCUGCUCCAUCGCCUCUGCUCGCGUAGCUUUGUUGCUUCCAUUCGCGUCGCUUCGUCGCUCACUUUGUUGCAUUUUCUCCCACCGUCGCUGCAUAUGUCCGCCGUUGCUGGCGUCAACUCUGCAGCUCAGCUUCACCGUCUCUCUGUCGUGCCACUGGCCUCUGGUUCGUCGCAUCGGGCCUCUUGCUUAGUUGCCUGUUCUCUGGUUCUUGCGUCUCCUCUGCUUCGCCUUCUCUCACUUCUAUGUGCUUCACCGCUCCUAUAUUUCUGCUAAGCAUUUAGGGUUUUUGCACAUUUUAAUUUGAUUUUAAUGUUAUUCGUUUGUUCGGAAUUUAUAAUUUGUUAUCCUGAUUAUUUGAAUAUGAUAAUUAGGGUCAAAAGGAAUGCUGGCUGCGGGAGUGGAAGCUCAGAUUGGGUGCGUGAUCCUAACAUGAUGCGAUGGUUAGCUUCACAGUUUGCUUUUGUUUAUGGAGAUGAAGCAACAUCCUUCAAAUCAUAUCGCAUUUCCAGGUUGCCAGUGAGAAUUCUGCAUUGAGUGCCAUUGCUGAAUGGAUGCAAGAAAACUUCUAUUCCUUUUGAAAGCCAGUGUGACUUCCAAGUCACUUAAGCAAGGGAAACUCAUCCAUCAGAAGGUUGUGACUUUGGGGUUGCAAAGUGAUGUUUCCUUUUGCAGGAACCUGAUUAGCCUGUAUGUUUCUUGUCAUUUAUAUGAUUUUGCAAAGCAUGCUUUUGAUACCAUUGAAAAUCCAAGUGAGAUUUCUUUGUGGAAUGGCCUAAUGGCCGGUUACUCUAAGAAUUACAUGUAUGUGGAAGCCCUAGAGCUUUUUGAGAAGUUCUUGCAUUACCCUUAUCUUAAACCUGAUAGUUAUACUUACCCGAGUGUUCUCAAGGCUUGUGGCGGGUUGAGAAGAGUCAUCUUAGGGAAAAUGAUUCAUACCUGUUUGGUAAAAGCUGGUUUAAUGACAGACAUUGUACUUGGAAGCUCUCUUGUUGGUAUGUAUGCUAAAUGCAAUGCACUUGAGUAUGCUAUAAAGAUUUUUGAGGAAAUGCCUGAAAAGGAUUUGGCAAGCUGGAAUACAGUGAUUUCUUGUUAUUACCAAAAUGGAAAAUUCGAAGUGGCCCUACGUUAUUUUAGCAUAAUGAGAGGAUUUGGUUUUGAGCCUGAUUCAGUUACAAUCACAACAGCUAUUUCCUCAUGUGCUAGACUUUUAGAUUUGAAGAGGGGAAGGGAAAUUCAUAAGGAGUUAAUUAAUAGUGGGUUUCAGCUAGAUAGUUUCAUUAGUUCUGCUCUUGUUGACAUGUAUGGAAAAUGCGCACUAGAAAAUGCCAUAGAGGUUUUUGAGCAAAUGCCCAAAAGGACCGUGGUUGCUUGGAAUUCCCUGAUUGUAGGAUAUGGUUUGAAAGGUGACAUCCCUUCAUGUAUUCAACAUUUUAGGAGGAUGUACAAUGAGGGAAUCAAGCCAACUUUGACUACUUUAAGUAGCAUAGUAAUGGCUUGUUCACGAUCAGCUCGAUUACUAGAGGGGAAAUUCGUGUAUGGAUAUAUUAUACGAAACAACAUACAACCUGAUAUUUUUAUUAAUACCUCCCUAAUGGAUUUAUACUUCAAAUGUGGAAAGGUUAGGUCAGCUGAAGCCAUCUUUAAGUUAAUACCGAAGACAAAUGCCGUUUCUUGGAACGUCAUGAUUUCUGGAUAUAUGACGGCAGGGAAAUUUUUUGAAGCCUAUGAUGUGUUUAGUGACAUGAGACAAGCUCAUGUAGAAGCAGAUGCUAUUACUUUUACUAGUGUUUUAGCUGCUUGUUCACAACUAGCAGCUCUAGAAAAGGGUAAAGAGGUUCACAAAUUGAUUAUUGAGAGAAACUUAGAAGACAAUGUAGUAGUUAUGGGGGCUCUUCUUGAUAUGUAUGCAAAGUGUGGUGCUGUUGAUGAAGCAUUUGGUAUUUUUAGAAUUUUACCGGAGAGAGAUUUGGUGUCUUGGACUUCGAUGAUUACAGCUUAUGGGUCCCAUGGUCGGGCCCAUGAAGCUUUAAAACUCUUUGCUGACAUGCUUCAGCGGAAUGUGAAACCUGACAGAGUUACUUUUCUUGCCAUAUUAUCUGCUUGUAGCCAUGCAGGGUUGGUGGAUGAAGGAUGCUAUUAUUUCAACGAAAUGAUCAAUGUUUAUGGCAUUAUGCCAAGAGUUGAGCAUUAUUCAUGCUUAAUUGAUCUUCUUGGACGUGCUGGAAGAUUAAAUGAAGCCUAUGAGAUUCUGCAAAGAAAUCCUUCAAUCACGGAUGAUGUUGGGUUGUUAAGCACAUUAUUUUCUGCAUGUCGUUUGCACAGAAAUCUUGAUUUGGGGGUUAAAAUUGCAAGAAUGCUAAUUGACAAGAAUCCUGAUGAUCCAUCAACCUAUAUUAUCUUGUCAAAUAUGUAUGCAUCUGUCCAAAACUGGGAUGAAAUGCGGAUGGUGAGAUCAAAAAUGAAAAAGCUUGGACUGAAGAAGAAUCCCGGAUGCAGUUGGACGGAGAUUAACCAAAAGAUUCAACCCUUCUUUUCGGAAGACAAUUCCCGAUGGCAUUUGGAAUCAAUUAAAAAAUGUCUUUUGUAUAUUACUAGUCACAUGGAAGACGAGUCUAUAUCAUUUAUCCAUUUUGAUACUGAAACUCAGAUAUAUUACUAGCCUUCAAAGGAAAAGAGCGUAGGCUUAGCAGAUAGACAUCAUAAUGAUCCUUAAACUUAGUUGCAGGUAAAAUUUUUCUGUGAGCAAAAUGUAAAGUAGCUUUACUAUGCUUGAUUUUAUAUUUAACGUAGGGCUGCCAACUUGGUAUUUGUAUUUUGUAUCAUCACUUAAAAAAUAGUGACAUGGACUUUA